ACUCAUCAGGUUAACUUUGGACCAGUUGCCCUGAUGCAGUCGGUGCGAGCUAAAAAAAAACAUGUCUCUGCUACAUAAUGAGACCACGGACCUUAAUGAUGCGAAGGAAAACGUAAAGAGAAAUGUGCGACAGUUUAUAAGCAGCGUGCCCAACAUUAACGUGUAGAUGGCGCGUGGACGUAGCGUUGGGCUAGCUGCGUGUAGCCCUUUGUGACCGUGUUUACACAUUGCCAGCUAGCUCCACGGUUGGCUAAUGCGAGCUAGCAAAAUGGACCUUGGAACAAUGUUGUACAACAAUUUAAAAGAACUUACAUGGAGCACCACGUCUUUACCCUUAGAUCAACUUGUCAGUAGUUAUAGGUUGCCUCAAAUUGCCAAGUUGGAUAACGGCCAGUUGGUUGAAGGACUCAGAGACAACGACUACCUCUUAAUUCAUUCCUGUCGUCAGUGGACGACUAUUACUGCUCACAGUCUGGAAGAGGGUCACUAUGUCAUCGGGCCCAAAAUAGAGAUACCAGUACACUAUGAAGGUCAGUUUAAGCUACUGGAGCAGGACAGAGAUGUCAAGGAGCCUGUGCAGUACUUCAACAGCGUGGAGGAGGUGGCCAAAGCAUUCCCUGAAAGGGUGUACGUCAUGGAAGAAAUCAUUUUCAAUGUUAAGAUGGCUUCAGGGGAAUGCAAUGAAGAUACUGAAGUUUACAACAUAACACUAAGCACAGGUGAUGAACUGACAUUAAUGGGCCAGGCUGAGAUCCUAUACGCCAAGACUUCCAAAGAAAAGUCUAGGUUCAACACAAUUUUUAAGAAGUUCGGGAAGCUAAACUCCAUCAGCAAGAUUGGUCGAGGCAAGAUGCCCUGCUUGAUCUGCAUGAACCAUCGCACCAACGAGAGCAUCAGCCUGCCUUUCCAGUGCAAAGGCCGGUUCAGCACCUGCAGUCCACUGGAGCUCCAGAUGCAGGACGGCGAGCACAUCAUCCGAAACAUCGUGGAGAAAACCCGCCUCCCUGUCAAUGUCACAGUACCCAGCAGUCCACCCCGCAACCAGCAUGACCUCCACCUCAUCCGGGAGGGUCAUCGCUACAAAUUGGUCAACAUUCAGACAAAGACUGUGGCUGUGUGCUGCGUCCUGCGAAGCAACAAAAUUAUCCCUGUCCAUUUCCCCUUUCACCUGGCAAUGCCGAGAGUUAUUAUUCCAGAAGAACUGCUACAAGGAGAGUUGUGGCUCGACACCAUGGUGCAUCGCUGGUUCUCCUUCUGCCACGAGCAGUUCGACAUAGACGACUAUUCCCGCGCCGUCCGGGACGUGCGGACCGACUGGAACGACGACGGGAAGAGCCCCAAGAAAGGCAACGGCAACGGCAGUUGCAGUGGAGGCAGCGGCAGCCCGAGCGGUUGUCUCAACCACAUGCAGGUUCCCAGCUCUUUGACCUACGCCCGGGAUGAGCUCACCCAGUCCUUCCACCGACUGUCCGUGUGUGUGUACGGCAGCAACCUGCACGGUAACAGUGAGGUCAAUUUGCAGGGCUGCAUGACCCUGUGCGGGGAUUGGGCUCUUCUUCCCUCUGACAGCAUCCCUGCAGACUCGGCAGAAAAUGAACACUUUUUCCCUGAACUGAUGGACAGCCCAAGUCAACAGCCCUCCCAAAACAGGUCAGACCUUCCCUACGAGGAGCUGUGGUUGGAUCAUCUGAGGGGUCAGAUCCCGAAACCCUCCGCAGCCGAGGGAACUCGAGGGACCAACAAUGGUUGUGGUACAACAGCAGCGCUGUCUUACCAGGUGACUUGUCCUAUGGGUGCAACUCCCAGUUUAGAUGUGUCUCUUACGCCACCACCGGUUCCACCCAAGUCUGAAGCUGUGAAGGAAGAAUGCCGUCUUUUGAAUGCCCCACCGAUUCCUCCAAGAAGUUUGAAGCAGAUGCCCUCUGUGCCCAUCCUGUCCAAACCACGGCAGCAAGAGACUCGGCCUCCAACUCCGACCCUCUCCUACUACUCCUCGGGUCUCCACAGCAUUAGUGGAGCAUCUGAGCAGGAGAAGGCGGACCCACAAGUGUGCUACCCCUGUAACUGGGUGAGAUCCGACAGCACUGAGCCGUACGCUCCGUUGCCCAGUGGUAGUCUGCCUUCGGAGGGGAUGUCCUCCAGGUUGUCUUGGCCAAAUCAUUUCAGUGGAGGACAGUCGCACAGCAUGGAGGAAGAAUUUCUACCAGCCAGCUGCCGUAGUUACUACAGUUACCCCAGGAAAAGAUCCCCAAAAACCUGUACGACCAGCCUUGUUGACUUUGAUGGCCGAGAGGACUUCAGGUCGCAGAAAGCGACCCUGAAUCAGUUCUGCGCCCAAUCUUCAAGUUACAACUCUGAAAUGUAUCGGAACAAGCCAAUAGAAGAAUCGAACACCAAGCAGAGCCUCUCUUGCCCCAGCUUACCCCCGAGAACACCGAAGUCCAACGCCACGCAGAAGAGCGCAGAUUUACUGUGCGACGCCAUCGGUGACAGCGAGCAGGAACCCUCGGAUCGCUCACUCACUCCACACGAGCAGGGCACCAAGGACUCAUCAACUCCCGGCUGCCCCCCCCUGCACCCCCCCACCGCACAGUGGCAGCCCCCGUGCAGUCUGGCCGGCCUUUCGAUUGAGGAGGUGUCCAAAUCUCUAAGAUUCAUUGGCCUGCCGGAAGACAUUGUUUCUCUUUUUGUGUCUGAGAAGAUCGAUGGGAAUUUACUCCUGCAGCUCACCGAGGAGAUUCUGUCAGAGGACUUCAAGCUAAGUAAACUGCAGGUAAAGAAGCUCAUGCAGUUCAUAAAUGGAUGGAGGCCCAAGAUAUAACAAACAGUAUGUGACACUAAGUUCUGUUAUUAAGCAGAGGGUCAUGCCUUCUUAUAUAUGCUAUGCACACCAAACCACAAAGAGUUUCUUUUUGUAGAAUAUGAAAUAAUGUUACUAUAUUGCGGGGAAAGACUCAAAGUCUGUGAUGGCUCUUUACUAACUGAAUUAAACCAUUAGGCACUUUCCAUAUCAAAUACUAUUUUCCUUCCCACAGCGUGCUAGUAGUCAUGUUGUGACACAAAUCCUAAUCCAAGCCAACAAAUGACAAUACAAACACUCACGUGAGUGAGGUGAGAUUUGCUUAACAAGGGCGUUGUACUACUCGGCCUUUGAAGUGGAAUAUCACAAUAUUAAUCACAAGCUAUUUGCAGGGUUUCUAAGAGAGCGCAGAGAAUGUACUGUGGUAUGUGUUGCCUCUUUAAUAUAUGAAGAAACACUGUAAAAACAUGUAGUUGAUACACAGUUAGACAUUUGGUUGAAUUUGCUAACCAAAACCUUGCCUUCCAAACUUUUAUUUCUAUAUGCGGUAAGUGACAAAUGGUCAUAUGUUUUAUGUUGCAAGUGCAUUUGCAAACAUCAACAAAAAUGUUAUUUUCUACAUUUAAAUGAAUCCAAAACUUACCCUUUCCUAACAGGAAAGCAUAACUGGUUCUUUUAAAAGAUUAAGCUCCUGUUCAAACGUAUGAACUCUCCUCAUGCAAGUUCUUAUUUCUAUUGGAUGCUUCUUUUUAAAAUAUAUAAUUUAAUUUAUAUAUUGCUAAUGCAUUGAAUUGUAACAUCUCACCUACAAAAAAACUGGGGCCUAACAGAAUAUUAUUAUUUUGAAGUAAUCAAAUUGUAGAUCAUGCAUCACGCACUUUGGUGGAUUUCAGCCUUAAUAGUUGCAGUUAAGGUCAGUAGAAGGUCAUAGAAGUGUCUACGAAGAAUGAAUGCACUCUGCCCUUUAAAAAAAUAUGUAUUUGGUACUUCUCUUUUGUUCUCAGUGUAUGAAUUGUGUUUGCUAAUAUUAGAAACUAUUAAAAGAUAUCUUAUCUGCGCCUUAACCCAUAGACCUUAACAUAUAUUUCACUUUGGCCUAACAUUUUCAUUUAGUUAUUUUUUUAAUCCUGAGAAUAUACUCGUAUAAAAUAAACGUCUCCACGUGAACAUGGGGGAAAAAAGUCUAGCGUGUACGUGCCCCGAGUGUUGUGUCAGCUCAAGUUGAAAAUGAUCUGCUUGAAUGAAAUAUUGGUUUCUAUUGGUACCCAACAUUUUCUCCGUAUCCUUGCAUCAGUUGAUUUAUUUAUGCAGUAUUGAACAUUAUGCAGAAUGGUUGUUUUCAGACUGUUGGUAUGGCUCAUGGAUGAAGUUGCCUCAGCGACAACAGCCUUUCCGGAAUAAUCUGUUGAGCAACAGCUGUUGUCUUCCUGACCGUUCUUGCCGUCGGAUGUUACAUGUUUUACUUUAUAUAUAUAUUUUUUAUGUAAAUGAUAAUUUAAUGUGACUUUUUUUCUAAGAAAGUGAUUACAAAUGUUAAUACAGGUGGGGGGAAAAGCAUUGGUUUAAAUAUCUAAACUAUACAGUGGUUCCUAUUCAGUUUAAAAAAUCCUUUAAUUCAAAUUACAUUACAUGUCAUUUAGCUGACUCUUUUAUCCAAAGCGACUUACAUUGCAUUAUAACCCGUGCAUUACAUUUUGCCUGGGGAGCAAUUAGGGGUUUGGUGUCUUGCUCAGGGACACAAGGCCUCAGUCACACUACGAACACACUGACCAUAAAGGAAUAAUAGUACUGUCACGUGUUCAGAUAAUUUUCCAGAUUUCCUUGUACCUUUUGUCCCAGUGUCCACAUUUUUAUGGGCAUUUUGUGUCGAUCGACAGUGUUUUUAUAUGUUGAUUAUUGUCCUUUGCGGUAGACAUGGCAAUCCAAAGUGACUAUGUGAAAGAACAACUAAGCAAGUGGGGGGGGUUAAUAAAGUAUUAUGCAUAUUGAAACAAAACACUGCCAAUAUAAUUUUUUACGUGGAUACCUCUGAAAUAUAAACUGUGAACACACUAAAACAACAUCAACUGACCCGGUCCCAUGAAUACAUCACCAUCCGGUAGUUAACAGUCGGUGAUGGCUGUCAACUCACAUUUAUAGUUAGCAUCAGUGCAAAGAGGACUGAAAUGACACACUGGGUUUGAUGACAUUAUGAAAAUCUUGAGUUAUGGACAGCUAUCUUUCAAUUAACUUUUGUUUCCCUAUUUUUGAUUGUAUUAAACUCAUUAACUGGU